UCACAAUCCGAUCAGUCCAAGGAUGUUCAGGUGUCUGGUUUAGGCAGUCUGGAAACAUCAGAGUUGAGUGAUUUCAUUGAUUUAUGUAACCAGGAUAGUGAGGAAGACGAAUUGAAGAUCCAGAAAGAUCUUGAAAUAGAUGAGGAUAAACAGCGUGAAGAAGAGGAAGCUGUCCAGGCCAAGAACAAGGAAUUAGAAAGGAAGCAGCAAGAGGAACACGAACAAAUCCGAGCAACCUUUAAACAACUUUUGCCUGUAGAACCUCCUAGAGGAUCUUACGAAAAGAUUACUGUGAAAGUGAAGAUGCCUGACUCUUCAGAGCAUCGUCGUUACUUCCAUGGCCAGGACACACUUCAGGCUGUGUUAAUGUGGGUGGCACUUGAUGGAUCAAUAAGUGACCCCAGUAAAGUUGCUUUGAAAGAUUGCUCCCACCAUUCUCCAGCUACUUUGUGUGACAGCUCAACUGAAGUAUUAGCUGAUGUGUUCUGUGGCAGAACUGAAGUAAGACUUGUUGCGGAAGAUGCUGUGCAAGACUUCUCUGGUCAAAUCCCCACAACUCCAACCUUGUUUGAUCUUAUAAAACAGUUGCAGCAACAAGUUACCACUAGCUUGGCUCUCGUUUUCUCUCUCGAGGUUCGAAGGGAACACUGCUUGAUGGAUGCAUUAGAUUCAGUGAAUCAAAGAGGGUUUGAUCCGCAAAAGACACCUGCGGUUGAAUUUCUUGGAGAAGAGGGAGUGGACAGUGGCAGUCUGAGAAUAGAGUUGUGGCAUUUAGUUGCCAGGAAUGCUCAAGGCUUUCUGGUAUGUGGUAACCAUGACAGAUGCAUACCCAUUCAUAGCGUGAAACAUCUGUCACAAGAAAACUUUAAGAAAUUUGGAGUUUUAAUAGCGAUGGCAGUUGUUCAAGAUGGCAUGGGCUGUCCUGUCUUUGCACCUUGUGUUUAUAGCUACUUAUGUGGCAAAACACUAACUGAAAUCAAAUCAGACAUUAUGGACAUCCCUGAUCCAGACGUCUGUUCAAUUGCUAAGCAGGUGCUGUUGUAGUUGUGCACAUUUUACUUGUUGCUUGCAAUGACAGUUCUACAUAUUGCAAAUGCCAAUGGCCUUGAAUUCGACAAUCUACUGACAGACAAUGAAGUGCUGCAAAAGCUCAUGGAUGCAGGCUACACAAAGCCUCUUCUUCAUAUCUAUAAGCAGGAUAUGCUGUCUGCAUUAGCAGUUCAUUUUUGCUUACUCAGUGUAAAAGCUGAGUUAGAUCAAUUGCGUGAAGGACUGGAAACUCUUCAUGUGCUGUCAGCAAUGAUGAAGCACCCUCAUGUGUUUCAAUGUCUUUUUGUUGCAGAACACAACCCUCUGACUGCAGUUGUGCUCAAGAGUUUGUUAAAAGAGAAGCAUUUUUCUGAGAAGGGGUCAAAUUCCAGGAGAGAAGAAGAAGCAAGUUACAUCUAUUUUUGUCGCUAUCUUGAAGAUUUGGAAGGUGGUGUUGUUGAGAAUCUUACUAUGGCGGACUUGCUAGUGUUUUUCACAUCUUGUGAAAACAUUCCUGUCAUGGGCUUUGAACCUAAGCCCAGCUUACACUUUAACUGCAUGGACAUCUAUCCCACAGCAUCAACUUGUGGACAUGAAUUGGUCUUACCGACUAAAUACUGUGGAGAUGAAGCUAAAUUCAAACAGGCCAUGACUGCUGGUUUGUUGUUUUAUGGAGGCUAUGGAAAGAAGUGACUCCUAUGAUUGAUACAGAUCUAGCACAGCAGUCAUUUUCUUUUAGCAUAUGCAUGCAGAUCCACAAGUAUCAGAAGCAGGUGCAGGAGUGAACAAUUAAAUAUCAAUUAGAGUGUAGUAAGUAGGUAUUAAAGGCGUUGAAGUGUCAAGUGUAGUAAUUAGUUGAAGCAUUGGCUAGUUAUAAUUAUUGGGGCUAUAGACUUUGUAGGAUGAAAUAAUAUGGUUGGUGGAGUUUACGAGCACUGUAUAUUUCUAUUCUUGCCACUGCGCAUGCUUAAUUAAUUAAUAUAUAAUUUUAGCUAUACCAUAGAUAGACGGCUCUGCACUUGGCACUAGCCUCUCAAGCCAAGCGCCUUCGUGCUCACUGCGACGUCACGUGUUGCUCGUACGUGAGAGGAGGUGCUUGACUGGAACUCGUGAAGUCGCACAUUGAGCAAAUCUUGUCUUGCGAGACUAGUUGUACACGGUAGAUCAUGACCGUCUCAAGAGAGGAAACAGCCGAGGAGCUUCGUCGCCUUAUCAGAGGACUGCUGAAUAACGCCCAACGGCAAAUCAUGUCCUUUCACCUAGAUUCUAGCAUGCUUGCUGAUGUCGGCCUUUUCUGUGACAGUCUGUGCACACAUAUGAAUCGAUUGGCCGCACUAGAGAUAAAUUCUGACAUACGAAAUUCUCUUAUGUAUGUUCGUGAAGCCACAAGAUAUUUGGAGCAAGCGAGAGCUUCAUCGAGUUCCGGAGUCGAUGAUUCGUAUCAGGCAACCACCCUACAAUCAACUAGUGGUAGACCAAGGUUUUGUGUGACCUCUGAGCAGCUACAAUACUUUCUGGGCCACGGGUUUACUGUUCCAAUCAUCGCCAAAAUGUUAGGGGUUUCCGUAAGAACAGUUAGAAGGAGAAUGACAGACUUUGGUCUUAAUUCACGUGCAAGAUUUUCAGACGUUUCAGAUAGUGAUCUUGAUGCAGUUGUGAAAGAGCUAAAGGAACAGUAUCCUCAUUGCGGAUACCGAAUUUUGGACGGACUUCUCAAGGCCAAGGGGAUUCUUGUCCAACAAAUUCGGGUUAGGGAAGCUGUACUCAGGUGUGAUCCUGAAGGUGUUGCAGCUCGUUGGCUAUGUCUUUCUCAUCCAAGAUGUUCUUACACCGUCUCUGGCCCCUUGGCGUUGUGGCAUAUUGAUGGAAAUCAUAAAUUGAUAAGGUGGAGACUUGUUAUUCAUGGAUGUAUUGACGGUUAUUCCAGAGUUCCUGUAUUUCUAUAUUGUUCAGAUAACAAUAGAGCAGACACCGUUUUGAAUUUGUUCAUUGGAGCUGUUAAUCAGUAUGGUCUGCCAUCAAGAGUUCGA